UCGACGAAGGCGUAAACGGAAAAACGCCAAGUUUACGCAACGCGAUUUCAAAAGUAAAUUGUAGUAUAAUCGUAAUCAUUAUUGAAUAAAUAGUUUACGAUUUUGGCGGCAUAAAUAAGUUUUCUCGUUUAAUUGGUUCGACGGUUGCGGCAAAGUUAGUCGCGCGAGUCUCUCGUAGAUGGCGCCGCCAGCGUCUUGAAGUUGCGCGGACUCGAUUUACAGUCAGUACACGGAGUGCAUUCGGUGCACGUGCACUGGUGGGUACGUGGGAAUGAGAGUGCAGUAUAAUUUGUAACGGCGCAAUGUCAAGGACUAAGCUGACCACGGAUUCUAGCCACUGCCGUCGCCAAACAGCGAUAUUCUAUACCUCUUGAAAACAAAUACUUGGUCGAGCAAAAUUACAUAAUCGUUCGAUCUUGGUCUUUGACCCUGAAUCUAACCUGUCCACGUGCUAGUUCCCUACGUAGAUCGUACACGGGCGAGGUGUAAUCGCGACUAACAUUUCGUUGACGGAACUAGAUAAUUUGUAUCGUUGCCAAUUCGCUGUAGAAUAUUACAUACAUCGAUGAGAAGUUGCUCAUCGUCGUUGUCAAGACGAAAGAAUGAGGGAAGAGGCGGACAAAGUGCUGGACGAAGAACAGUGGAAACACGAAGCCCAAGCUGUCAUCAAUGACGUGAAGCAACAUGUUAUCGACAUAAAAGUAUCGGAGAAAUUGCGAAGCACCAAUCAGCGCAUCUACUUGAAUCUAAUCACGUUGGAGGGCUUGAAGUUUUGCAUAGAAUUGUCGGCCGCCGGAUUUUCUAUCGUUGGUAAUCAACACGACGAUAGAUCCAACACGGGCAACGUACAUUUCGAGACGCCCUACUGUUUAUUGGACUCCAUCAGUCCUGAAUAUAAAAAUUCCUUUGGGAAUUCGCUCCUCGAUAAGCUUAAAAAAUUGAGUGACGAACAGUGAGCAAAUUUAAUGGAGAUUCUUGCUACCUAUCAACGAUACUAUCAAUUCCUCGUUAUCGCGAGGCUCGAUAUUAUUUAGACGAUCAUCGUCAAAUAUAUGUAAAUGUGGAUAGUGCGACGAUGUGGAACAGUGAGCAAUGACACGCCCGUGAAAAACGAUAACGACGGCGAUCCUUUGACGAGAAACGACAGAGAGAACGUAUUAAAGCAAAGGAUACUCUUUGUGUAUUCGUGUGACAUUACGCCGAACGAAACAUGCUUCAACCCCGUGCUACGUGUAUAUGGCGGUAAAAAGG